AUGACAAACUCUUCCCUCCUCCUCCUCCUCCUCCUCUGCCAACACGACACCCUAUCACCACUUCCAUCUCUGGCGAUUUCAACAACGAGCUCUUCUCCCCUCCUCCUCCUCCUUCCUCCUCCGCCGAUACGACACCCUAUCACCACUUCCUCGGCGGACAGUGGUUUGUGUGGCUACGAGAGAGACGAUGAAGAAGAAGAGAUCAUGACACAAGUGUCGUUUUCACUAAAUCGCAAGAAGAGGGUGAAGAAGCUGUUACCGUCGUUUCCGGCGGAGGGUAAAGUGAAGGACAGCUUCGCGGUGGUGAAGGAAUCGGUGGACCCAUAUGAAGAUUUCAAGGCAUCCAUGAUGGAGAUGAUAUUAGCAAAGCAGCUGUUUGAGGAGAGAGACUUCAAGCAACUGUUGGAGUUUUUCUUAUCGCUUAAUUCGCGUCAUCAUUACGAGGUCAUUGUUGACACUUUUUCGGACAUUUGGAAGACAAUUUUUUUGUAG